AUGGCUCCCCCAUUUUCCCGGUUUUCGCCCAGACCAUCGGCCACCAGACACAUCGCACUCUCCCCUCAAAACAAGACGUCCUUGACGGUGCCGGUCAGCCAGUGCUAUGGGACGCACGAGUGCUUCGUCUUCCGGACCCCGCGAACAGCUGGGGCUUGGCGGACAGAGGUGUAUGGCCGCACAGUUCAAGUCGCCUCCCCGCAGAAAGCAGACGAAGCCAAGCAGGAGGCAGAGGCGACCCAGCCAUCUCCGCUGCCGCCAGAUCAGUCUCCGACUUUUGCCGGAUUCAGCGGAGAGAAAGCCAACUACUUCGAGGCGCUGCGCAAAUCUCAGGUUCCAGCAUCCUAUGCAUCCGUGUUCUGCAGUCACAUGGGCAUCGUUGUUGGCAUUGAUGGUCCAGCCUUGUUCAUCGACCAGGACCUCCUCCGGGGAGUUUCCUGGCCCUCCACAGGCUUCGGCUCGCCCAGCCUUUGUACAGCUGGCACUGAUUUCGUAGUCCGAAACUUGGAG